UUUUUUUUUUUCAAUUUCCGUCGACGAAACUGCGAAUCAGAUUGAAAAAUCUUCUCAAUACAAAGUUCUUUAUCAAUUGAUUCGUAUCCAUUGAUAGUUAUUCACCAAUUGCAAGUAGAAAUGGCACAAGAAUUAACACACCCAUCAGUCAAGGACGGCUGGUUUGCAGAAAUCUCCGACACCAUGUGGCCGGGUCAAGCCAUGUCAUUGAAGGUUGAAAAGAUUUUGCACGUUGAAAAAUCCAAGUACCAAGAUGUUUUGGUGUUUAAAUCCACUAAUUACGGGAACGUUUUGGUGUUGGAUAACUGUAUUCAGGUGACUGAACGAGAUGAGUUUUCGUACCAAGAGAUGAUUACCCAUUUAGCCUUGAACUCCCAUCCAAAUCCAAAGAAGGCCUUGGUCAUUGGAGGAGGAGACGGGGGUGUUUUAAGAGAAAUUUUAAAGCACGAAUCAAUUGAAGAAGCCUGGUUGUGUGACAUUGACGAGACUGUUAUUGAAGUUUCCAAGAAGUAUUUACCGGAAAUGUCCAAAUCGUAUAACGAUCCAAGAACCAAGAUUCAUAUUGGAGAUGGAUUUAAGUUUUUGGCCGAGUAUCAAAAUCAGUUUGAUGUUAUUGUUACUGAUUCAUCUGAUCCUGAAGGACCGGCCGAGUCUUUAUUUCAAAAACCAUAUUUUGAAUUAUUGAAAAAUGCUUUAACUGAAAAGGGGGUUAUCACCACUCAAGCCGAAAACAUUUGGUUACACAUGGAUAUUAUUGCUAAAUUGAAACAAGAUUGUAAGAGCAUUUUCCCAGUGGCCGAAUAUGGGUACACUAUGAUUCCAACUUAUCCAUCGGGAUCAAUUGGGUUUAUGGUUUGUUCCAAAGAUGCGCAAGCAGACGUUACCAAGCCAUGUAGAUUUGACUGGGACGACAAAUUUGUUAAAGAGAAUUUGAAAUACUAUAACAAGAGAAUUCACGAAGCUUCAUUUGUUUUACCAACCUGGGCCGAUGAAAGAUUAAAUAAUUAAAAUUAAAUAGAUUUAUUUAUAUACGGUUUAGCGCGC